AUGAAAUUGAAAUACUGCUAUUAUGCAGGCUACAUAAUCUCAAAUGUGUUAUGCAUCAAAGUGAAAAAUAACAUUAAUCACAUUUCUUUUGUGAAUCAUGCUGAUAACCACUUAGUUGUGACAAGGGGAUGGGAGAAGAAAAGGAAAUGUAUCUCACAGGGGUCAUAUGAAAAUAAUAAAAAAAAAAAAAGCAAAGCAACAAUUUUAACUAAUGCUUGCAGAAAAACACUAAACCAAUUAUACAACAAGAUGCAGGAUGGGGAAGCAGAGAAGCAGGAGGAGCAAGAUAGAAAGGAUGAUAUUAACACAAGUGAAGAUAUUUUGAAAAAAAAGAGAAAAGAGAAAGAAGUAGAACAAAGUAUUGUUCCUCUAAAUAUGGAUUGGGUAAAAGUAAUGAAUUUAAUAUAUUCUACCAAAGAUGUUGAUCCAACAACCCUAUCGUUUAAUGCUGCUAUAUCAGCAGUAGAAAAAAAAGGAUGUUUAAUAAGUAUGCUAGAAUUAUUUGAAAUUAUGAAAAAAAAAAACAUAAAACCAGAUGUCGUAUCAUAUAAACUAAUUCUAAGUUUGUGUGACAAGUACCAUCUAAGCGAACAUGCCGAAGUUCUAUUUGACGAAAUGGUCGAGACAGAUAAAUUGACUCCGACAUAUGAAAUAUAUUCCCUUAUGAUAAGCUGUUUUGCAAAAGUUGGGAAUGGAUAUAAGGCCAUCGAGUUUUUAGAGAAGUUGAGAAAUGAUCCCUUCGUUGUCGAAAUGAAAAGUAUGGACACAGUUAAUGAUGAUUGUAAUGAUUAUGACAAACAAGGAACCCCCCAUAGGCAGGGCAAAAAGAACAAAUGGGAGGAUGAUUUUUUAGAAAAUGACGUGGCAAAAAAGGUAGCAGCAGGAGGGGAAGCAGCAGGAGGGGAAGCGGCAGAUAAGGAAGCGGCAGAAAAUUCAAAUGAGGAAAAAACCAAGUACAGCAACCAAUUUAAAGAAAUAACAGAGAAAAUAAAAAAUGUUGAAAAAGGUAGUAGCAAAAUACAGUACGGCGAAUAUGCUAAUGUUAUUUUUGCUUGUAAUAUGUCAAAUUUACCUGAACAUGGAAUAAAAUAUUUUGAAGAAUUAUUAAAUACUGGAAAGUACAUGCCAUCUACUUUCGUUCUAGAAAAUAUAUUUGAUUUGUUAGGGAAAAAUGGAAAUUAUGAAAAAUGUCUUGAAUAUUAUAGCAAACUGAAGGACGACCCAAAUUUUAAAAAAUAUAUCAAUGUGAAUAUUUUAAAUAAUAUUUUAAAGGCUCUAAGUAUAUAUAAUAAAAUUAACAUCAUCGAAGAUAUAUGGAAAAAUGAAUUUGAUGAAUUGUCCUUAACUCCAAAUGUUAUCUCCUAUCAGUACAUGUUAAAAGUCUACAGUAUUGUCGAUGAUUAUGAAAAUGCAUUCAAAUUAUUUAAAGAGAUGCAAAUGAAAAAGUUAUUAAACAAAAAAAAUAUCUUCCCAUUUUUAUAUACCAUUAAUGCUUUCAAAAAUUGUGGAAUAUAUAACUAUGCCAUUUAUGUCUUGAGAAUAGCAAAAAUUUUGGCCAUCUCAUCAGACGAUUUACUAAUGCUCUAUAAUAACACUAUGAUAACAUGCAUAAAUUCAAAAAAAUAUGAUGUUAUAAUUUCACUUUAUGCUGAACUUAUAACCAUGCAAGAAAAGGCUUCUUCGUCUCUCGAAAUUAGCAUCAACACUCUCGGUUUUGUCCUCCUAGCUUUUAAAGAAUUGAAAAUGCACGAAGACUUUACAAAUUUGAAGAAUUUAAUAAUUCAAAAAAAUUACAAGCUAACUCCCCUCUGUUCCAAAUUGGUUAGUGACACACUCGAAUAA